CGCUGACUAACGUUGAUGGUUUAUCGUCUGUCUCAUCUGCAAUCCCACCUGGCUGUGCUCUUCAUCGCGCGUGCGUUGUGAGACGCCUGGCAGCUGUCUGGGCGCUGUUCCCUCUACACAGCCGGAGCCUCCUUGCGUGAUGCGUCGCGACAAUAUAUCGUAACCACGUGCGUUAAGGACAUCGUCUGAUGACUUGAAGUGCUUCGCUAAACCUUGUUAUGGCGUACAGUGAUUUGCCCAUCGGGUUAAACUUCUAAAUUUCGUUUUGUUCUAAGAUAAAGACAUCUGCAUUCUUCAUUUAGAUAUGCUAUUCGCAUUUUGCUUUUGCCUUUCUCUGAUACGAAUUUACACGAAGAAGCUUUCUUUACGACGUGCAAUAUAUUCGCUGGCGAUUAGAAGUCAGUCAUUUUCUCGUCGUGUCUCAAUUGCUAGGCCAUGUUGAAUAGCGGGAUGGAGGUAAGUGAUAACAAAAAAAAAAAACGAGCACAAUCUAUAUGCACCCACUGCGGCGGAAUCCGCGGUAUCGAUAUGGUACGGCUGUCGGUGACGACAAAGCAGCCCUUGUUCCUCGCCGCGUUGCAAAGGCCAAGUGUACGAUAAUUGCUCGCCAUUGUACGAGACAUUGGGUCCAGGGCUCAUUUUAUCUGUCCUUUUGCUGCUUUGGUCAAACUGUAUGAGACUACUCAGUAGCGAUAAGCUCGAUUGAAAACGCCACUACGCUCUUGUUCGAGGUUGGGAUUCUGACCUGAAGACACCGCCAUGCCGGAUCAUGGAGGAGGACGGGUGCACCGUUUUAGCGACCACGUCGUCGCCGGCGUCAACUGGCGACCGACGCGGUUCGUCGACGAGGUUCCCAGUUCGCGUGUGUGCGGCCUCUGCCGCAUGAUCCCAAAACGGACGGUGCUGUUGCCGUGCUCGCACGCUCUGUGCCAAUCUUGCCACGUAGCCAGUCUGGAAGGCGGCGUUGGACAGUGUCCACUGGAUCAAGUGCAAUUCGAAGAAGCGGAGUGCUUCGGUUAUGAAUUCCCUGCAAGGAUAGCGAGUACCUUGAAGGUGUACUGCUGGAACGAACAGCAUGGCUGCGAGUACGCGGGCACCAUGGACCGCAUGCUGGAACACUACGAGAACGAAUGCGCAUUUCACACCGUGGACUGUUGGCGAUGCGGCGAGGGAGUCCAGCACAGAGACCUGCGGACGCACUACGUGAACGAAUGCAGGGCCGGUGUUUCUGCCGCGAUCACAGAGUGCCCGUCAUGGCAGCAGCUGCUGCCAGUAAUUCAGAGUCAGUUGAAUGAGCUUACAGAACAAGUCAGAAGCCAGGAAGCCAGAUUCGCUGGGAUCACUCGCGAUAUCGGAGCAUCCGAGUGCAAUUUAAAAGGUGACAUGGCUCAAAUCGCAGCAACGAUCUCAUCGACCAUGUCGCACCAGCUGACCUCUCAGCGAAAUCAGGAAGAGGAAGCCAGCACGUCAUCGUCGCUGUCGUUGCGCUUGGAAAAGGCGCUGAUACUUCGAAAGUUGGAACGCUUAGCCGACCUGGAAAGCUCACGGCAAACUUUCCCGGAGCCUGAUUUCGGACGUGUAAUUGCUCAUUUUAGCCAUCGCUAUGGUGGCGCUCGGCAUUUAGCCAGCGCGCUGUCAACCACACCCGAGUGGAUUGAAAAUAUUGGGAGCGUGAACUAUGAGCUGACCCUGGAAAACUGUGAGGAAAUCAUUCAGUAUCAGAAGACUUGGUUGAAAAAGUUUGCUCAGUUUAGGGUGUGGCACAUGAGAGACACGCACUUUACGGUUGCCGUCUCCAAGCGCUGGAAAAAUCCUGCACAUGUUCUCACUGUGGAGAUCGAGUUUAACGGGAUGCUCGUGGAAUCUAGGUGUUGGCCACCUUUUUGGCAAGUGAGAGUGUGGGAUGAUGGAAAACACAGCGAGCAUACGUUGACUCCCCGUAGAGGCACUUGCAUCUGCCACCGCUAUGAUAACUCAUUGCAUCACUUUCACCUCGAAUUCCAUAUAGAAAUUGACCCAAUUGAUAUUGACGAUUUCCUCCCAGAAGGAAAGAUGAGGUUCAGCCUCUUCCUCAGCAAUAGCGAAAUGAUCAAUUCUGUCAAAGGAGCACCGUAACGUUCGCCCUCGCAGAAUGUGUUUAUGCGCUGGAUCGUGCUUGCCAGUUCCCAUGUGUCUGCCAGGUAGGAGGUAGGAGGUAUGUGGGACAGGAGGUUAGCGAACUUUUGAUGUCCUUUCUUCUAAAUGAAAUUGGCUUUGCGAAAUUUCUUUACUUUUAAAUUAUUUUUGCUUUGUGACUGUCAACCGAUUUUUUUUAUUGCAAUACUGGCUAUUCAUUUGAUUAUUUAUUUAUGCUGCUAAUACAAUUGGUGUUCCUCAAUAUUUUGCUCUUGAAGUGGUUUCUAACAUUAUGGCACCUACGUCAAUAUUUUUUCUGUAUUAAUGCGUUGCAGCUGCUAAAGCGAUUGGUUGGAAGGCGACGUCCGUGGUAGAUACCACGCUGGAGUACUGCGCCUUGCCCUGUAUCUGAAAUGUUCUGACAAAAUUAGCAUUCGGAGUGUUCAGGCCUUCGCUUAUAAAGUUAAACAGUAUUUUCGGCAAGCACUUUGUAUUCCGCCCUCCUCGAUGAUCGGUGUAUUCAAAACAGUAAUAACCCACGCAAUCAGACCAUGUACUGCCACAGCAGCUCGAUUGCUCAGAUAAUUGGUGUUAGAGCAGAUGACGUGUUGAAAUGGAAAUCUGUUGUUUCGAUGCUUCUGAGUUGUAAUGUAGGGGCGCUAUAACGUAAAACUAUUCCAAACGUUUUGAUUCCAAUUCUGCAAUCAGCCUUCCGCGAUUGGUCGAAAACUUUUUUGGGCCAGCCCCACUUCAACUGUAGGUCACGCGACGUCACGAAAACCGCGAUAGCUCCCCAUCUGAUAUGACGUGUACACACUGAUUAUGCAUUAUUUGACUGAACAAAAGAAAAAUAGUUAUUUCUGAUUCGACGCCUUUUAGGCACUAGCCCUCGGAUAUUGGUCAAAAGUUUUCGUGCAGAACCCACUUCACCUGCCUGUCACGAGACGUCACAAAACUGCAAAAAUUCACCGCGUCAGUGACGUUUACGCGUCAAAGAUGCAUUAAUAUGCCGAAAAAAACUGAAUUUUCUUCUGAAUAAUCGCUGGCUGCCCCGUUCCGAAAGGAAUAAAAGAUGGCUGCUGCCGAUCGCUGAUGCACUAGCUACUCGCACCUGUCGGAGAGCAUGGGUUUAUUUGCGCAUAAUGAAACAUUUUGCGUAGCCGUGUAACGUUUUCGAACACUUUCAGAACGUUUACGACCGUGUUCUGCCAACUCUUCUUUCGUGAGGAUCCGUUUUAGUGUCAUUCUUAAGCUUCCGUUGCAUGCCGCCGCGAUUGUCGACUAGCCACCGCCAGCUAAGUAAGGGAAAGCGGACCAAUCGCAGACGCCGGCACCACCCUCUUCAUCCAGUUAUCGAUAUUCAGUGCAGUGGCUCGGCCCCAUCGAAUCCCCCUCCACUUGAGCGUGCUCCUCGCCUCUUGUCAGCCAAUUAGAUAAGACAAGCCGCUCAGUGUAGGCAAUGUCAUUCGUUUUUCAAGCAAACAAAAGUAACCUCCUAUGAACGAGGAGAGCGUUUGAUCGGUCUGCUUAGACAACCCUACGGAUGACCACCUGAUGCUUGCGUCAGCGGUUACGCAAAGUUGACGUCAGGAAAUUGGAAUAGAAACAUAUUGGAAUAGUUUUACGUUAUAGGGCCCCAGCUUACGCUAGUAUAGAAUUGAUAGUGCUUGAGAAACUUGUCAUGACAUCAGAGCGACUGAUCCACGUAUUUCUACUCGCACGUAUGCCCGCAGACAUGAAGAGACCUAAAAAAUUGCUGAUCUUUAGGAGAGAACAGGCGGUGACUGAACAAUAAGAGUUUAUUUUUUCCAGCUUGCUUGAGAGUUUGAUGAAUCGAUGAACACCCUCACAUGGGUAUCUUGAUCGUCGCUGCUUGCUAAGGCCUAUAAUUGAACUUGGUGCUCUUCUUACGUGUGCUGAAUUAAACUCGCUGUGUCCAAUUUUAUUUGAUUUUUUUCUGUUGUUGCAGUGAUAUAUCGACCUCCUGACUACAGAAGCACCUUUGUUACAUUUUUGAAAGCAGUAGUAGGCGAAUCAGGGCAAUAACGCCAGUUCUUGGAGCUUUGUCCUAACUGUAGUUCGGCCAUGCGGCCGAAAAUUUGAGGCAUGCGGAUUAAUACUUAACUCCUCCUUAAUUCUACGGUGAACAGAAACGAACCUACACGGGAGUUUAAGCAUUUCUCCACUAUUAUAAGGUUACCACCAAUUUUUAUAAUCAAACUCUCUGCUUGCAUCCCAUCACACGAACGGCCGCCUUGGUGUGUCUGGAGGUCUACACAACAAGGAAACACCCGGAAAAGCAGCGGCAGUAAAAUUUGAAAGGCAUCAGAAUGUGCAAUCAUAAGCAUCAGUGCGUGUUUGAAUACAUUAAGAAAUGCGAAAAGCGACAGUUUGCGACUCGCAGCUGGUUGCCGAGGUUGAUGAGCGGGGUCACUUUCUUGAAAACACUUUUCCUAUUAUACGUCUAGCGGCGAGCACACACGAAAUCAUGCCAGAGUGUUUGUCUUUCGCUCCAUACGAGUAAAGCUAUAAAAGAAACCUUCAAAUAAGCAUUUCCAUCUGGCAACUGAUACCUGAAAGCUGUGUGACUGAGUAACGCCGCCCUUCGAAAGUACUUGGGCACCGUUUUCUGAGUCGUGGCUUGCUUGCAGCCAGUACGCAACACCUGUUAGAGCUACGUUUGAGAGCUGUCUGGUGGCUGUUUCAUAAGGGAUGUCUAUUAAACUUUUUUACCACGUU